AUGGAUUUCUUCGCUGGCCUCUCUUCCGUCGGCCUCCACCCCGCUGACGGUGACGACGCCGCCGCCUCCCUCUCGCGUCUUCCGUCGUGGGUUGGCCGACAACCCAACGGCUUCCCCCUCUGCGGCCGCGCCGGGAGCACCCCUCCAGUGGAAAUCAAACUCGAGCCUCCCUGCACGCCUUGCCGCCUCCCCGGAGCGUCCCCAUGUGCUCACUGUGCGUCGCUGGACGAGCGCCGGGCCCCAGCGUCAACGAAGCUGGGGUCCUAUCCCGGAACAGACGAGUUAUCGCCCUACAUCAAGAAAGAACCGCUGUCCAGCAGUCCGCUGCCUGGGCGCACCAGCUCUCCCGCCGGGCCCCGUACGCCAGUGAGCACUGGCCAAGGAGUCGUCGUGAAGUGGUCCAAACCAUCUCCUGAGGUAAAAAACGAGCCACCCAGCAGCAGCCCUCUCUUCGGUCGCCACUGCAUGCCUUCCGCCCCUCACCCGCCCGCCGAUGCCGUGCGAAGGGCCAACCUGCGCAUCAAGUCGCGCAGCCCAUCUCCCCCCAUCAAAACCGAACCUAGCGACCACUCAGCCGCUGCCAAACCCGGCCUGACGCCACCGCCGCCACCGCCACCACCGUCGUCACCCCCAUCACCUUCCACAGCACCAGCGCCAUCACCAGCGCAAGCAGCACCGCCGGCACGGCCUCCCUCCCCGAACUGGGCCCAGCGCCUGCGCCCGCGGCGGUGGCACCAGACGCACCCGGCGGUCGCGGUCGCGGUCGUCGUCGCGGCUGAGUCGGGGGGCCGGGGGCGCCUGCAUUGCUGGGGCGGUUGUGGUGGUGGUGGUGGUGUGCGAGCAGCUGGAGGAGCUGCUGGAGAGUUCGGAUGCCCGGGUGCGCCGGGAGGAGGGGGAGUGUUGGCGGAGCGGUCGGCGAUGGAUGAGGUGCUCCCGUCCACUGGGGUCGAUGAGGAGGAGGUGGAGGUCUAUGUGGAGGAGGAAUUAGGUAAGGGUCAAGAAGGAGGAGGAGGAGGAGACUUGGAGGUAUGGAGAUGGGUGGAGGGUGACUGA